GAAGAAGAAGAAGAAGAAGAAGAAGAAGAAGAAGAAGAAAACAUAAGAAAUCGGGGAUGAGAUGAAAGACUCUUGGAUAAUUCCAAAAAAUAUCCAUUGUUGCUCCUUCAUAGGAAAGUCUUUUCUGAGUAUGUGCUGAGGUGACACAAAUAGAAGCCCUUUGAUUUUAUUUUUAUUAGCAGUAAUGACUCUGCUACACUUAUUAUUAUUUUUCGACUGAUUAUCCACAGAUUUCUGGAUCCAUAAUCAUUCACGUCACAGAUAGAGGGAGCGGAGGCUGAAACAGGAUAAUAGCCUUUAAAUCCCCUUCUCUAAGCACUCAGAUCUUCCCUGUCAGCAAGAUUAAAGCGGUCAACAGCAGUCCCCAUGUGCCUGGAUCCCACACUGAGUUUUUGCAACAACUGGAGCUGCUGGUCGGUCGGAAAAGAAACGUAAAACGGCUCCGGUGGCAGAUGCUCCGGGCAGGAAGGAGAAGGCAACCAGAAGAAGCUUCGCACCCACCACCGAACGCUAAGGGGAAGCAUGUGGAACCUUAAGCAAAGAAAGCAGCCUCUGAUCUCGGACUAUAAAACUGAAUCUCGCCCGGGGGCCACCUGGGAUGCAACCGUGGGAAGCAACGAAACUGGGGGGACUGGGGGCUUUGGUGCUUCUGACUGGGGAUCCCCACUGCAGCUGGCCCAGGAAGUUGAGAGCAGCUACUCCUGCUUGGAGGACGAGGAGGAAGAGGGCGAGGAAGAGGAGAAGGGGCUCCCCUCGAUGUUUCCCUUCAGCCCAGCCUUCCCAGCUGGAGCCACCACGUCGUCCUCCGUCCUCAACAUCAACGUGGGCGGGCAAAGCUACCGCCUAACGUACCAGGCAGUGGCCAUCUACCCCACCACCCGCCUGGGCCGCUUGGCCACUUCCACCGACCGCUGGCGCCAGCUGGGCCUCUGCGAUGACUACGCGGCUCAGGGAGACGAGUACUUCUUUGACCGGGACCCGGCCGUCUUCCAGCUGGUCUACAACUUCUAUGCCUCCGGGGUGCUGCGGGUGCGGGACGAGCUGUGUCCCCGCAGCUUCCUGGAGGAGCUGAGCUACUGGGGGGUCCGUCUCAAGUACACGCCCCGCUGCUGCCGCAUCUGCUUCGAGGAGAGGCGGGACGAGCUGAACGAGCAGCUCAAGGUGCAGAGGGAGCUGCGGGCCCAGGCGGCCGUGCAGGAGAGCGAGCACCUCUUCCGCCACAUGCGCUACGCCGAGCAUCGCUGGCGCCUGUGGAACCUCAUGGAGAAGCCCUUCUCCUCCACCACGGCCAAAGCCAUGGGGGUGGCCUCCAGCUUCUUUGUGCUCAUCUCGGUGGUGGCGCUGGCUCUCAACACGGUGGAGGAGAUGCAGCACAGGGACAAGGCCACCCAGGAGAAGAGGCCCUUGCUGGAGCACGUGGAGACCUUCUGCAUUGCCUUCUUCACCCUGGAGUAUGUGCUGCGGCUGGUCUCCACCCCGGACAUCCGCUGCUUUGUCAGCAGCGCCCUCAACGCUGUGGACCUCAUCGCCAUCCUGCCCCUGUACCUCCAGCUCUUCCUGGAGCGUUUUGUGGAUGAGGACCAGCCUCGGGGGCAAGGCUCCCAGCACGAAAACGACAUAGAGAAAGUGGGGCGGGUGGGGAAGGUGGGGCAGGUCUUGCGCAUCAUGCGCCUCAUGCGCAUUUUCCGUAUCCUGAAGCUGGCCCGCCAUUCGACGGGCCUGCGCGCAUUCGGCUUCACGCUGCGCCAGUGCUACCAGGAGGUGGGCUGCCUCCUGCUCUUCAUUGCGCUGGGGAUCUUUGCCUUCUCCGCCAUGGUCUACACUGUGGAACACGAUGUCUCCAGCACAAACUUCACCAGCAUCCCCCAUGCCUGGUGGUGGGCUGCCGUAAGCAUUUCUACGGUUGGAUAUGGAGACAUGUGUCCGGAAACCCACCUCGGACGGCUCUUCGCUUUCCUCUGCAUCGCUUUCGGGAUCAUUCUGAACGGAAUGCCCAUCUCCGUCCUGUACAACAAAUUCUCAGACUAUUACAUCAAGCUGAAAGCGUACGAAUACACAGCCAUACGCAAAGACAGGGGCAAAGUGGAUUUUGCACGGCGAGCCAUGAAGAAAAUGUCUGAGUGCUGUGGAAACAGGCCAAACCGAUUACCAAGACACAGAUACAAUUAAUACCUUGGACGGAAAAGAGGGAUUGGGAGUUGAGAGGCCAACAGAUUCCCUCAGGUUUGUCCACAAGUUAACUGGGAGGAAAAGACUGACUGGGGUAUAGUGCAAAACUUUCUCAUUUUUAAAAAAGAUGCAAAUGAAGAUAAUCCUUCUUAAUAUUUUGUCUGAUAAAUGUUACAGCUGGUGUCCAAGCAGCCUCUGGAAUCCAUUGUAUUGUGAUCCAGUGAGUGAUUCCAAAUAAGGAUCCGCUUGAGGAAAUGAGAAGGAAUGCAGUCUUGUUUCUUUGAUCUGCAAAUGCUGUAC